GUGCUUUCCCCCCCCCGCGCAUGCGCACAAAGCUUUUCCCAUCCUGUGCUUUUGCUGACUGGUCCCGGAUGGGCACAUUCGUCUCGACCCAGAGCACGCAAAUGGUACCGCUAACGAGUUGACACGCCAGGCCGAGUGAACCAUGCUGCUCCAAGCCCAGCGCGUGUCCGUGUUUACCUUCCAGUCGGCCGUGCACAGCGCUCACGUGCUGCAGUGCCUGGACGAGCAGCGGCGGCGGGACCUUCUGUGCGACGUGACCGUGGUGGUGGAGGGCCGCAGCUUCCGGGCCCACGCCGCCGUCCUGGCCUCAUGUAGCGAGUACUUCCACGGCUGCGUCGCCGACUCCAAACACAACGCCGUCGUCGCCCUGCCGGAUGAGGUGACAGUGCGGGGCUUUGAACCUUUGCUCCAGUUCGCCUACACCUCCAAGUUGCUCUUCACUAAAGAAAACAUCCACCAGAUCCAAAGCUGCGCCAAAUUCUUGGGCUUUCGCAACCUGGAGUCGGCAUGCUUCGAUUUCCUCAUCCCCAAGUUUUGCGAGCCAGAAGUGCAGGAUGUCAAGCGGAGGCGCUGCUGUCAAGGCGGCGAGGCAAAGCCGCCGCCGCCGCCGGGCACCUGCCACUUGCGCUCGGAACCCCUGCCGCCGUUCCCAUCGGGCGCUCCGACCCGCGACUUGUGCUUGGAAACCUGCGGGCCGCAGAUGUCGUCGUUAUCCCCGGAUUUGUCGGCCGACGUCGCGUGUCCAAUGUUGUCGCUGGCCGAUCCGGCCAAAGCGGGGCACGCCUCGCAGCUGUGCGCCGGGGACAUUUCGGCCUCCGAUGACGUUUGCGCUCAAAGCCAGCCGGAGUUGCCGUGCGAGCUGUCGGCGGCGCCCGUGGAUCCGCUCGACGGGAUGCAGCCCGGGGAGGGACUCGACGAGGACUGCGGCCUCGUUUCUUGUCCCGGCGCUCGCCUCUUGGAGCGGGCGGCCGAGGAUGAGGGAUUCUCUGAGAGAAGCAAGGAUGAGCGGGAAGUGGCCGAGCAUCUGGCCAAGGGGUUUUGGUCCGACCUGUACGCGCCGGCUCAGGCUGCGCCCCCCUCGGACAGGAGCGAUCUGGAGAAAUCCCCUUCGGACUUCCAUUGGCUCAAACAGCUGGACCUGACCUCCAAUCCGGCCGACUGUCCUUUCCUCAGGGAGCUGGGAUCGGCCGACGAGUCGAACCCGUGCGCCGACGCUCCGUCCCAGUCGGAGAAGAGCCCCUGCAUCUCCUCGCUCAACUCUGGGGAUGACUCCGACGUGGACACGGACGGCGAUACGGAGGCCACCAACAGGAGAGCGGCCGAGAUUCAGCUGCCGUUCCCAGUGGAGCACAUCUCGGCGCUGAGUCGCAGCGCUUUCCAGCAGCUUCUCAAGCACCAUUCCAUGACGCCCGAGCAGCUGGACUUUGUUCAUGACGUCCGGCGCCGGAGCAAAAAUCGCGCGGCGGCGCAACGAUGCCGGAAGAGGAAGAUGGACAGCAUACACCAUCUCGACGGUGACAUCAAAACAUUAAAAAGCGAGAAGGAGAAGUUACUUCAGGAGCGUGCAGAACUGGAGCAGAACCUGGAGGAAACACGCCAGAGUCUUUGCAGGCUGUGCAAGAGCGUCAGCGCCGAGCCCGCCUCGGACCAGGACCGCCUGCACUUCCUGGCCAAGCUGUCGGCCCCCGACUCGCCGGCGUCGCCGCAGAAAGAGGCGUGAAGGCGGAUUUAAAGCGAUGUAAAAGAGCUAAUUGCACGGUCAACCAUUCAAAGGGCUGGCUCAUUAUUCCGUAGCUGCCGUUGUAUCUAUUUCCCAUGGCGGCGGCGGGCGGGCGGGCCAAAGGGCGAGCGAGCGAGCGAGCGAUGCCUUGACAGGCAUCAGCGAGCGGUCCUACGUUGGCGCUGCAUGUGGACGGAGCAGGGCCAAACUCUGGCAGCACGACACCAGAGUGGAUUAACAUCAUUUCAAUCUUCUGCCCAUGAUUAUUGUCAUGAACAUGAUUUGGGGGGAAAUGCAGAAAGCAGCAAUAAUCCAGUCCAACUUGUGAACAUAAUAAUCGAGGAGUGUUAUAAAUUAGAAAAAAAUGUCAAACCCAAAUGUAACGAGUUGUUAUAAACGACUUGUAAAAUUGGUGAAAUGCUCCAAAUGUAAAUGGUGUUGCCGGUAUUUCGAGUAAGAUAUGAUUCAUUUUGUAUGCAAAAUAUAAAAAACAAUGCAAUCAAUACAAAUACAAUAUAUAAACGUUUUAUGAGGCGUUUUGAAGCGACGACAAGCUCAGUUAUUAAGCACGAAGAAAUAACUUUUCAAAGAUAUCCAGACUUGGUGUUUCUGAUAUUUUUGGUCACCUCACUCGAAGUGGGCCACAGAGUCAAAAUAUUAGGAACGGCUGUCAGUUGUGCUAUACCAAGUUGUCAUUUGAAAUGGAUUGAAUUGAUGUCACAUUUUUGUUCAUUACAUUUUUGUUUGACUAAAUUGUAUACACAUUUGAGUCGAUGGUUUGAAAUUUAGAAAUAAAUCCAAUCAUUCUACAUUGUCUUUA